AUGGCCGUCGUACCCGAUCUUGAGUCUAUUCCGCCAACUGCACACGAUAUCACCUGGCUUGAUUACGAGAUCCCCGCCGUAGGAGCCGUCUUCCGUCAGCUGGCUGGCAACAGUAGCGACCAGGAUCUACUGGGUGCUAGGGAAAUUCCGUCCACAUUUGAUCUUGGGCAGGUACGGAUGUGGCUCGAUGUAUGUCGGAGCGAGCAUGGUGACGCAUGCAAGCAACGCGCAUCAUACGAGCCUAUCACCCGAGGCUUUCGUCUCAUCAAUUGUUCAAAAGAUCCUCCAGAGGUGGAGGAACAGCCAUGGGGGACACCAUAUGCAGCUCUAAGCUAUGUCUGGGGAUCUACCUCCGCUGAUCUGGACCCUUGGCCAGCGACGGUUAUGGACGCAGUCGAGGUUACACGCAAACUCAACUUCACCUAUCUAUGGGUGGAUCGGAGUUGUAUAAACCAAUCGGAUUUGGAUGAGAAAGGCUACCUGAUCUCGAGGAUGACGACGAUAUACGAAGCAGCGGAUUUCACGAUCGUAGCAGCGGCAGGAAGCGGUGCUAGCCAUGGUCUCCCUGGAGUACGAUCGACACCCCGCAGACCGCAACCAAAGUACUAUGUCGAUAGCGGAAGCUUACUUUUAUCAAUACUUCCUGAUCCGCGGCGAGAAGUAAUGCAGUCGCAGUAUUGGACUCGUGGCUGGACUUACCAAGAAGGUGUGCUUUCCAAUCGCCGCAUUGUUUUCACUGAACACCAGACCUACUGGGAAUGUCGCAGUAUGGCGUCUCACGAGAGCGCAGACAUAACGCUGUUCCACACACCUGCAAGCUUCAAAGAUAAUUCUAAUUAUCUUCUGGUCGACUUCCUGCUUACUGGCAUAUUCAAAGGAGGUGCUUUUAGUGGAGGUAGCAAUGCGCACCAAGAUGAUGCUGUUAUCUCCAACGACGAGGCAUAUCGGCUUGACUAUGGGUUUCCAGUGGUUAAUGAGAUCAACGUUAGAGCACAACUGCGAGGGCUGGCUGAUCACAUGCGUGAAUUCACUAAGAGGCACUUGACGCAAGACACAGAUAUCCUACCAGCAUGUAAGCAAUCAUACCAUGCGAAUUGA